AUGCGAGCAAGAUUAGAUCCAAUGUUUUCAAAUUAUGUGUUAGCAGUAGGUAAUGGAUUGCCACCCACCACAAUAGAUGAAAUCAUCAAAAUACCAAAUGGGAUGCUUGUUCCCUAUAGUGAUGACAAGACUUCAUUAGAUCACUUAAUACAAGACGUUUUCCACAACAUUCAAGAUUAUUCAGGAAAUAUGUCAACUAUUAUGAACCGGGCCAUACUAACACCAAAGAAUAGUUUUGUCGAUGAAAUAAAUGCAUUGUUAAUACAAAGAUUUCCAGGUGAAGCCCAUCGAUAUUACAGUGUAGAUGAGACAAUAGAUAAAACUGAGUAA